GCAGUCAGUGCCUGGGACAGUCAUGGAGGAACAAGAUCAAGGCCUGCUUUAACCAAGGAGUCUCCGAGUCAGAGGCUGAGAAACAAGACACUUCAGCAGAUAUCUAAAAACCUGAAAGAUAAAAUAUGGCUCAAGCAGGCAGGAAAAAGCGGUCUACUCACAACUCCAAGAUGGUCUCAUCCCUGCUGGCAAGAAUACAAGCAAUACUGCAGAAGGAGAUGGUGCGAGAGUUCCUGGGAGAGUUUAUGAGCACCUAUGUCAUGAUGGUACUUGGCCUUGGUUCUGUGGCACAUAUGGUUCUAGGAGAUACAAAACUUGGAAGCUACCUCGGUGUCAACUUGGGUUUUGGCUUUGGAGUCACCAUGGGAGUGCACAUGGCAGGCAACAUCUCUGGGGCCCAUAUGAAUGCAGCUGUGACCUUCACCAGCUGUGCACUAGGUCGUAUGCCCUGGAAGAAGUUUCCUGCAUAUGUGCUGGGUCAGUUCCUGGGCUCCUUCUUGGCUGCAGCCACCACCUACAUGCUCUUCUACACGGCCAUCGAGCACUUCGCAGAUGGAGAGCUGAUGGUAACUGGUCCAAAAGCCACUGCAGGCAUUUUUGCCACCUACCUUCCUAACCACAUGACAUUGUGGCGGGGCUUCCUGGAUGAGGUGUUCCUAACAGGGAUUCUCCAGCUGUGUCUCUUUGCCAUCACGGACAAGAACAACAACCCAGCACUGCAAGGGACAGAGGCCCUGGUGAUUGGCAUCCUCAUUUGUGUCAUUGGGAUAUCCCUAGGCAUGAACUCAGGAUAUGCUAUCAACCCAUCCCGGGACCUCCCUCCCCGCUUCUUCACCUUCAUUGCUGGCUGGGGUGAACAGGUGUUCAGUGCCGGGGACAACUGGUGGUGGGUGCCAUUGGUGGCACCACCCCUGGGUGCUUACCUAGGUGGCAUCAUAUAUUUGGUCUUCAUUGGCUCCAGCAUCCCACAGGAGCCUCGGAGAUUGGAGAACUCCGUGACACAGGAAGACCGCAGGACAACCGUAGUGCCCAAAACUGUCUCAUACAAGUCUUCUAUCACCCCUGCCUACCCAGUUUUAGUCCAGCCUGCCCCACCCUUAUGUGACUCCAUACUUCUAGAGCGCUUCUAAGUAGAGAUUAUUUGUGAUUCCCCCAACACUACCCCAAUAAAGAAAGCCUUGUCCCACAGCAUCCCUCACUUCCUGGGGUCCUCCUGUGGUUGGACUUCCCUCCUGGGUUCUUUUGGACACUCUAGGAUUAUUCUUCCAGGUCUUUCUUAGCAGGGUGGGGCAGGAAGAGAUGGAGGAGAGAAAACCUGAUGCCAGGCAGAAUACUGGACUUUCAGGCAUAGGGGAGGGAAUGCGUGAUUAGAGGGAAGGACCCACAGCUAUGGUAGUGGUGGUAGGUGUCAGCUUUGGUGAUACCUUGAGGAUGACCUGGGUUAAGGCUCUAGAUUCCCCUGGGUCCUCCCCUCCUCCAGCUCUAGACAGUUCUUGCACUAGAGUGGGCUAGACCCAGGAAUUUAGAUCAGAAUUUCUCAACCUUUUUUUCAUUAGUGCCUCCUCAGCAGCCUUUUUUCUUAAUUACACAUAU